AAGUCUGGCAACGAUUACUUUGUAAUUGCAUUCGAAAGCCAAAAUAAAUUGUAUUUUCAUCAGUGUGUCGUUCCGUGAAAUAUUAGUUUCUUUUCUAGCCAUAUAUUUAGAAAAAACACCAACAAGUAAAAAUAAAAUGUCUUCCGGCUCUAAAACUGCUCCUUCAACAAGUGCCGGGACUUCGUCAAAUGCCAACGCACAAGCAUCAUCAGCACCAACUCCUCCAGCCAAUGUUCAGGAAUUCAAUAUACGUGUACCGAAAAACUUACGAAAAAAACAUCAUGUUAUGCGUUUCAAUGCCACCUUAAAUGUAGAUUUCGCUCAAUGGCGUAAUGUUAAGUUGGAACGUGAAAAUAAUAUGAAAGAGUUCAAGGGUGCCGAAGAAGACAUGCCUAAAUUUGGCGCUGGUUCCGAGUACAAUCGUGAUCUACGUGAGGAAGUGCGACGAAAAAAGUUCGGUAUAAUAGCCAAGAAAUAUAGGCCGGAAGCUCAACCUUGGAUCCUGAAGGUGGGUGGGAAAAGUGGCAAAAAGUUCAAGGGUAUACGAGAAGGUGGUGUUAGUGAAAAUGCUGCAUUUUAUGUAUUCACUCACGCGCCCGAUGGCGCUAUCGAGGCAUAUCCACUGAAUGAAUGGUAUAAUUUCCAACCUAUACAACGUUACAAGUCUCUGUCGGCCGAGGAAGCUGAACAGGAAUUUGGUCGACGCAAAAAGGUAAUGAACUAUUUCACACUUAUGUUGCGUAAACGUCUAAAGGGUGACGAGGAAGAGGAAAAAGAUCCCGAAGAGGUUAAAGUUAAGGGUGCUGGUAAAAAACCCAAAGAACUUAAAAUUAGUGAAAUGGAUGAGUGGAUUGAUUCGGAGGAAGAAUCCGAUUCGGAUAGCGAUGGGGAGGAGAAAAAGAAAAAAGAGGAAGACAGUGACGAUGAUGGCAAGGGCAAAAAGGGUAAAAAAGGCAAAGCUGCAGAAAAGAAGAAAAAGAAACGUGAUGUAGACGAUGAGGCUUUUGAAGAAUCAGAUGAUGGUGAUGAAGAAGGUCGUGAAAUGGACUACGAUACUGAAUCUAGUGAAGAUGAACCUGAUCCAGAGGCAAAAUUAGACAAAGACAUGAAAUCAGUGGCUGAAGAAGAUGCUUUGCGUAAGCUGUUAACUUCAGAUGAAGAAGAUGAGGAAGAAAAUAAAUCCGAUGAGUCCGAUAAAGAUGAUGAGGAGAAGAAAAAGAAAGAUAAAAACAAAGACGAAAACAAAGAUAAAAAGAAAACUAAUAAAAAUAAGGCCAAAGAUGAAAAGAAAGAUUCCUCUAGUGACUUUAGUUCUGAUAGCAGUGACUCCGAAGACGAUAAUAAAAUCAAGAAAAAAGACAAUUCUAAGCCCAUGAGCAAUCAAAAUUCUCGCUCUGCCACUCCCACAUUUAACAAUGAUGCCAACAAACGUAAAAUGAAUAGCAUGCCUAGUGAUCUUACCGCUUCGGAAAAUAGUAAUAGUCCGGUUAGUACACCAGCUAAAAGGCCUAAAGCAGAAAUGUCUACACCAUCACUGCCAUCAACAUUUGCUGGUGUUGUUUCAUCUAAUAGCAAAGAUGAUUAUGGCAUAACUGAGGAGGCGGUACGUCGCUAUCUUAUGCGUAAACCUAUGACGGCAACUGAAUUGUUGACAAAAUUCAAAAAUAAGAAAACUGGUGUAUCUAGUGAUCGUUUGGUCGAGACCAUGACACAAAUAUUAAAGAAAAUCAAUCCUGUUAAACAGACCAUUCAGGGUAAAAUGUAUUUAAGCAUUAAGGUUAACAAAUAGUUCUGUAUAUACAUACAUAUUUAACGGCAAUUAAAACAAAUCAAAUACAUAUAUAUUUACUUACAUA